AUGAGCAGAGACGUGAAAGCGAAGGAAAGCGAAGGAAAGCGAAGGAAAGCGAAGGAAAGCGAAGGAAAGGAAGGAAAGGAAGGAAAGGAAGGAAAGGAAGGAAAGGAAGGAAAGGAAGGAAAGGAAGGAAAGGAAGGAAAGGAAGGAAAGGAAGGAAAGGAAGGAAAGGAAAGGAAAGGAAAGGAAAGGGAAUACAUCCGUGUCGGUUGA